GCAGCGGGAUACCCCACUAUAACCACGCACCGGCAGCAACAACACUAGUAAUAGAGACAACGAACAGCCACCAAAACAUGGGGCUGUCAGUUGGUAUUGGGGACAUCGUCCUACUGAGCCAAAUCGCGUACAAAAUCGCACUAGCUUUUACUUCCGGGAGGAGAUCCGCACCGAAGGAAUUCAGUGAGGUCGAAAACCAGUUAUUCGCCCUUAGCAAUGCCUUGGACACGCUCAGCAAGGAGGCCAGGACCAGCGGCGCUAACCCUGACACAUCCCCGGAGGAGGACCAUAAAGCUGCUGAGAGUCUUGGGGUUAUGAUAGAUAAUUGCCGAACGACACUGGAGGGGUUAGACAAGAUAGUGCAGGAGUAUUGCCCUGCCUUGAGCGAUGGGGGAAUACGUGGAGCAAGGAGGGCAGAGGAUGGCGAGGAGGCAGAGAAGUUGCAGAAGAGGAAGUGGAGCAAGAAACUUAAAGAUAAUUGGAAGAAGGUGGCGUGGACCAUGGGAGAUGGGGAUUUGAGCACCCUCCGGGAGAAAUUGACUUUGCAUGUGACGGCCAUCACUCUUGUUGUUAGCACUUUACAGAGGUAGUCUACGCUUUCUAGUUCUCGGUUGGAUUUGUCCUAAUGCCGCUAUAGCACGAAGAGCACUCGCCUGAACGAGCAAUUCGCCAAGAUGCAAAAAACCCUUGAAGGCAUGCAACUCGACCGCAAAAAAGAUGUGGAAGCCCUCAUGGAAAGGCUCCCUACCAGCACGAACCCAAUCCCAGAGAUAGGGGAGCUAGUCCUGCACCAAUCAGUGAAUUUCAUGAACUGCGCGCCCAACGUUGGCAGCGAGAUCGGAAGCAUCAUCCCGGGUCGUGGCUCGCCGCCAGUUCACGGAUAUGAUUCCGCGAAGAAGGGAUACCGGAAUAAGCCUAUUUUUGAAAUAUCCCUAGAAGCUGAGGAUGGAGGGUUGAGGGUUAUUUGUGCCAGGGCCGCCGUUAAUUUGGAGUGGGUGCAUAGUCAGCAGACCUCGGAGAACAGCAAGAGAGUCAGGGCGUUUGUCUGUCUGUGUCUGGGGACGGGACUGUCAAUGGUUCAGUUCGGGAAUGAAGUGCAUGAGAUACACGCUGAUCAGCUGGAAGAUCUACGCUGUCUGUUCUAUCCCAACCGGCAGUAGCGCUGUCAAGAUCAAGUGCUGACAUUACUCUAGUACUUCCCAUGAGCUUCGCAACGAGACUCAGCGGCCCCAGGAGACAAUGGCGGCUCUACCCUAUCGCCCACGGUCAAGCGGGGGGAGCGCAUCAGAAAAUCACCAUUAGAGGAGUUAAGGCAUUUCGUUUGUUUCCCCUAUUUGCAGUAACCACCAAACAUGGCUAACGAAAGGCUACAAGAUAUGUCCAAAUUCGAACGGAAGUUCAUCAGCCGGCUGAACAUAAAUGCUACCCUACAUAUGAUUUCCCAACGAGAAACCUCGAUGUUUGUCUAUUUCAGGACUGACGAGCAACCUUAUCGUGCUGUUCUACUCGACUGCAUAGCGUAGUACCCUUCGGCCUUAUAGGCUAUAAUUUUGCUAAGCAUCCUGCAGCGAUGAUUCGGCUUUCCAAAAACACCUCCGGUCAAUAACAUAUACCCCUGAUGCUGCUGCCGCCAAUCCCGAGCCGGUAGCAGUGGAAUACCACGCUACGGCGGUACAAAUACUAAGCUACAAGACCGUUCAAUCAGGAUGCCUGCAAAGGGGCAUGGCAGCCCCGGUCGACUUUUUUGAACACGUCGAGACCGGAGAACUAGUCAUAUACCUUGCCCCGGAUGAAGUGACAGGGGCGGAACACAAAGUGUACAUAUACUGUGAGCUCUUUCCCAGAGGCCGGUGGAGCCCAGUUAACGCGAAGCAGUCACCUACGACACGGCAGUAGAAGAAGUAGAGGGUAUACCCCGCCGGGCGCUAAUAAAAGACGUCAGAGGAUGCAGUACACGGGGGGAGUCAAUAACCGGGAACGUUGAAAUAAGGUUUUCCCGGCCAGGAGGUAAACCCCUCGCCCUCACACUCGCCGCCAAUGAUAUGCCAAACUAGACAAUCUCCCAGCGGCGAAAAACUUCCGUACAAAGGUGGAAGAAAUGACGCAAGAGCUAUACAUCCAAACCCUCCUCCGCCCACUUGCCCACGAACGGGUCCUGCGACAGAUGUACGUGGGCGACGUAGUAAUCUCCUCACGUAGCAUCCUUGACGCGGAAGUCAUCUUCACCGAAGACGAAGCGCCACCAGCCGCGAACCGAAAACGAAUACUAAUCCGUAGCCUCAGUGGGAGUUGCUAUUAUUGUCAAGAAGGUACGUACAGCACUCAUUUCAUUUCUUUCCUUUUCUCUCGCUUCGCAUUGGUGGCGUUCCGUGGCUGUAGGGCUGACGAUUGUCGGGGAAACAAAAAAAAGUCCUGAGCGAAGGCCCGCGACCCGGGUCGAUGGGACGGUUGAGCGAGGCUGUGAUCGUUGAAAUGACCGAUCCACGACAACUGAUGGUCUUUGGGUCUGGAGCUUAUACACGGGGCCAGUUGGGGAUUGAAUUUGAUAUGCCUGCUCGUAAGUCCAGCCCCCCGUGCCAACGCCCCGUAUGGUGUCACGGAUAUGAUGAAGGAGGAGAGAGUCGAAACAUUCUGUCCGAUCCGGUCUGACUAAAAUACGAAUGAGGAAUGAGUAGUGGAAGGGGAAUUCUCCAAUUCGCUCGUAAAAUUCACAGGAUGAGAGAGCAACCACGGGUCCGGUCGCAGUUCGGGGGACCAAUUCAUGGGAUUUCUUGUACGAAUAUUAGUAGAUGCUCCCUGAAUUAUCCCAUUCCCAUACUCGCAGUACUGUGAUUCUCCCGUCCGGCCCCGCGAGCAGGGAGUGACCCCCGGCCCCCGGCGCCGGAACACGCGGACACCCAGGUUGGGCGUUAGCGCGGGUUAAUCCCUUGGCGAAG